AGGGAGGGGCAGAAAUAGGCUCAGAAGAACUUCAGUGUGUUUGUCUUCGGCUUAAACAGCACAGGGAGUGGAGUGAGUGUUGGAGACGCAACCGUUUGCGUCUAAACUAUUUCACCGCUGUAUUUUUCCUCUUCUAAUUCUCCAUUCUCUUUGCGUUAUUUUGGUAUUUGCGGAGCGUGCGUGACAAACCCCUUGUCGACACCAUGGAUAACUUCCAGACCGUCCUGCGCUUUUUCAUGAACCAGAAGGCCACCAUUGGCUACAGCUUCAUGGCCCUCCUGACCAUCGGGGGAGAGCGGAUCUUCUCCAUGGUCUCAUUCCAGUGCCCCUGCAACCACGACCAGAACUUUGCAUACGGCCUGACCUUCCUGUUGGGCCCAGGCCUGGUGCUUCUGGUGCUGGGUCUUUUCUUCAGCAGCAAGCUGUGGCGCCUCUACACUGGCUGUUGCCUGAACCCCAUUAAGCUAUGCCCCAGGGGCAACUGUUUCACCUGCCUCAAAGUGUUUGUCAAAAUCUUCUCCGGUGCCUGUGUGGCCCCUAUCAUGUGGCUGUGUGUGGCACUGUUGAACGGGACCUUCUACGAGUGUGCCGUCAGCGGGCUGGAUGAUAACCUGGUGGUGGAUCUGUUCUGUAAAAACAAGACCUUGAUGUGCCGGGAGGAGUUGGCCCGCGUGCCCUGCAGCAAGUCCAAGCUGCCCAGUGACGAGAACAUGGAACUGUUGCUCAUGUUCCGGGCUCAGUCACAGAUACUGGGGUGGUGUAUUAUCAUCAUUUCAGCCGUACUAGGGCUCCUCGGGACCUGCUACACAAACUGCCGCUCAAAGGUCAGCUACCUGCAGCUCACCUUCUGGAAGCGCUACGUAGAAAAGGAGAAGGAGCAGUUUGACACAUUCGCUAUGGAGUAUGCAUCCAAGCUGGCCGAGAGGAACCUAAAGAGCUUCUUUGAAAACCGGGACCCGGAAAUAUUCCCAUUCCCCAACCACAAGGCCUGGGAGGAGAUCUCAGCCCUCUACACCUUCUCCAAGAGUGAGCAGUACUACAGCACCCUGCAGAGGUAUGUGGAGCGUGAUGACCGAGACUACAGCCCUGAGAAAAGACCAGUCAUGGACCUGGAGCACGGCAUAGAGAUGAGCUGAGAGGGGGGCGGAUAAUGGCAGAGUAUGAAUUACAGUAUAUCCUAUUUGUUUUACCUUUAUAAAUGACAUGCAGUAAAUACGAUAGAUUUAACUCACAGACUGAGAAGAAGCGUUGUUGCCUGCAUUUCCCCCAAAGCACUGACAUCUACACAGAGCACCAUUCAGAACAUUAUUAUCAGUGACACAGCAGUGAUUACCAAAGAAUGCAGCCAUUGCAGAAGUGGUGAAACAGUAGGGCUCCUUGUCUGCUGGAACCCACAGUUCGUGAAUGGUCAUGAACACUAGCUGGCGCAAUGUCCCUGUCAUAACAAACACUUUGAUUUGACAAAGUCUCCUCUACCUCUAUUUGACAUGCCUUUUGAAGCAUUUCAUUCACUUUACUGGUACAUAAUGGUAGGAGAGCUAUUGUAAUUGUAUAGUUUCAAUAGGGAAUUUUGCGUGUAAUAUUGCGCCACAAUAUGAAUGCUACAUGAAUGACAGAGUUGUAACAUGCAAUUUGCUUGAAAUGUUUACACAACUCAAUGUUUACAUUAUUAUGACAACUUGAGCAACACCUUAAAGUGUCUUUCUAUGGCAGUACAAGUGAAGUACAGCUCACUUGAUAUGUUAUGUUAAUUUGGGGAUAACUCUGCCAUUACUACCGUCCUGUUCAAUUAUUAAUGUCAAUAGUAGUCAAUAACUCACAACAUUAAGAGGUAAUAAAUCAUGUAUGACAUACGGGAUAUUCUCACUGGAUUCUACAAAAACAUUUGUGGAACCUGUUUAUUAUUUUUUCUUCUCCUUUCUAACAUCUGUAAAAUCCCUACCAUGUAAUGUGUAAGCACUAAAUGAACCUGUUCAUAGAACAUUAUUUGGACAUGUUGCAUUAUGCCUGAUAAAAACAUUUUAGGGUGGCGAGUUUGUGUGUAAAAACUGUCCAUGACUUGUUCCACAUUUUGUUCUUUUACAGUCUGAAUUACAAAUGGAUUCAAUUGAUUCUGUUUCUCACCCGUCUACACACAAUACCCCAUAAUGACAACAUGCUUUUAGAAAUGUUUGCAAAUGUAUUGAAAAUGUAAUACAGAAAUAUCUAAUUUGCAUACAGUACCAGUCUCAAGUGUGGACAUCUACUCAUUCAAGGGUUUUUCUUUAUUUUUACUAUUUUCUACAUUGUAGAAUAAUAGUGAAGACAUCAAAACUAUGAAAUAACACAUAUGGAAUCAUGUAGUAACCAAAAAAGUGUUAAACAAAUCAAAAUAUAUUUUAUAUUUGAGAUUCUUCAAAGUAACCACCCUUUGCCUUGAUGACAGCUUUGCACAGUUGGCAUUCUCUCAACCAGCUUCAUGAGGAAUGCAACAGUCUUGAUGGAGUUCCCACAUAUGCUGAGCACUUGUUGGCUGCUUUUCCUUCACUCUGCAGUCCAACUCAUCCCAAACCAUCUCAAUUGGGUUGAGGUUGGGUGAUUGUGGAGGCCAGGUCAUCUGAUGCAGCACUCCAUCACUCUAUUUCUUGGUCAAAUAGCCCUUACACAGCCUGGAGGUGCAUUUUGGGUCAUUGUCCUGUUGAAAAUAAAUGAUAGUGCCACUAAGCGCAAACCAGAUGGGGUGGCGUAUCGCUGCAGAAUGCUAUGCUAGCCAUGCUGGUUAAGUGUGCCUUGAAUUCUAAAUAAAUCACUGACGGUGUCACCAGCAAAGCACUCCCACACUAUCAUAUAACCUCCUCCAUGCUUAACGGUGGGAACCACACAUGCAGAGAUCAUCCGUUUACCUACUCUGCGUCUCAGAAAGACACAGCGAUUGGAACCAAAAAUCUCAAAUUUGGAUACAACUGUGAAAAAGCAUUAGAGUCAACACGGGCCGUUAUCCUUGUGGAACAGACAGAUUUCCACCGGUCUAAUGUCCAUUACUCGUGUUUCUUGGCCCAAGCAAGUCUCUUCUUAUUAUUGGUGUCCUUUAGUAGUGGUUUCUUUGCAGAAAUUCGACCAUGAAGGCCUGAUUCACGCAGUCUCCUCUGAACAGUUGAUGUUCAGAUGUGUCUGUUAUUUGAACUCUUUAAAGCAUUUAUUUGGGCUGCAAUCUGAGGUGCAAUUAUUUCUAAUGAACUUAUCCUCUGCAGCAGAGGUAUCUCUGGGACUUCCGUUCCUCAGGAGAGCCAGUUUCAUCAUAGCGCUUGAUGGUUUUUGCGACUGCGCUUGAUGAAACUUUCAAAGUUCUUGAAUUUACCUCAUGAAGCUGGUUGAGAAUGCCAAGAGUGUGCAAAACUGUCAUCAAGCAAAGGGUGGCUACUUUGAAGAAUAUAAAAUAUAAAAUAGAUUUUGAUUUGUUUAACACUUUUUUGGUUACUACUUGAUUCCAUAUGUAUUAUGUCAUAGUUUUGAUGUCUUCACUAUUAUCGUGCGAUGUACAAAAUAGUAAAAAUAAAGAAAAACCCUUUAAUGAGUAGGUGUGUCCAAACUUUUGACUGGUACUGUAAAUAUUCACACCCCUGAGUCUCUAAGAGAUUUCCACGCCUGGAUUGUGCAUGAUUUGCCCAUUAUUAUUUUCAAAAGCUGGUUUUUGAUCAUUGCUAGACAACCAUUUUCAGAUCUUGCCAUAGAUUUUGAAGUAGAUUUAAAACUGUAAGUUGGUGACUCAGGAACAUUCACUGUCUUCUUGGUAAGCAAGUGUAGAUUUGGCCUUGUGUUUUAGGUUAUUGUCCUGCUAAAAGCUGAAUUCAUCUCCCAGUGUCUGGUGGAAAGCAGACUGAACUAGGUUUCCCUCUAAGAUUUUGCCUGUGCUUAACUAACUUAACUUUCAUUUCUAUCCUGACAAACUCCCUAAUCCUUAACAAUUACAAGCAUACCCAUAACAUGAUGCAGUCACCACUAUGCUUGAAAAUAUGGAGAGUGGUACUCAGUAAUACGUUGUAUUGGAUUUUCCCCAAACAUAACACUUUGUAUUCUUGACAAAAAUUGAAAUGCUUUGACACAUUUGUUGCAGUUUUGGAAUAUUUUUAUUUUGUAGAGGCUUCCUUCUUUUUACUCUUGUCAAUUAGGUUAGUAUUGUGGAGUAAGUACAAUGUUGUUGAUCCAUCCUCAGUUUUCUUCUAUCACAGCCAUUAAACUGUAACUGUUUUAAAGUCA